GGUUGGUAAAGGAAAGUAACAAUUUUGGAAAAUAAAAGAAGAAUGCCUUCCUUCCAACCCUGUAAAAUAUACGUAUUAUUCGGCAUGGAAGAUGGAAAAGGCCUUUAGGAGUCUUGUUGCUUGCAGAGAGACAGAGAUGCAGCUGCACGUUUCACCGAGCCUAAGGCAUGUGACACUCUCCACAGGGAAAGGGUUCAAGGAAUUCAUCAAGGUGAAGGUUGGGUCCAGGCGAGUGUCAUACAAGACCCUCUUCUACACCCUCCUCUUCAUCACUUUUCUCCUUCGCUUCGCAUUCGUGAUCACCGCCAUCGAUUCCCUCGAUGGAGAAGACAAGUGCUCCUCCUUAGGAUGCAUGGGGAGAAGGCUUGGACCAAGGCUUUGGGGAAGGCGGAGAGGCUCAGCGAUGGUUCCAGAAGAAAUGUAUCAAGUGUUAGAAGGCAGUGAUGGAGGAAAGGCAUUGGACGUUGCAGAGAUUCCACAGUCCCUUGAGAAGUUUGUUGCAGAGAUGAAGAGCAAUCGAUCGAAUGCCAAAACCUUUGCUUUCAAGCUGAAAGCUAUGGUGGAGCUCCUAGAGCAGAAGACCCGGGCAGCAAAGAUACAGGAGUACCUCUACCGCCAUGUAGCAUCCACCAGCAUCCCCAAAAACCUCCACUGUCUCGCUUUGAGGCUGGCUGCCGAACACUCCACCAAUUCCGGCGCCCGCCUUCAACUUCCGGUGCCCGAGUCCGUCCCAUCCCUCGUCGACAAUUCCCUCUUCCACUUUGUUCUCGCCACAGACAAUGUCUUAGCAGCCUCAGUAGUGGCUUCUUCUCUUGUCAAAAACUUCCUACUGCCUCAAAAGUUGGUGCUCCAUGUUAUCACAGAUAGAAAAACAUAUGCACCGAUGCAAGCAUGGUUCUCUCUGCACUCGCUUUCGCCAGCCAUUGUGGAGGUGAGGGGCUUGCACCAUUUUGAUUGGUUUACGAAAGGUAAGGUGCCGGUGUUGGAGGCCAUGGAGAAGGACCAGAAGAUACGGGCCGAAUAUCGAGGGGGGUCUAUCGCGAUAGCUCAGGAUGGUAGUGACAGGCCUUAUGUGGUGGCUUCCAAGCUUCAAGCACUGAGUCCCAAGUAUAAUUCGGUUAUGAAUCAUCUGCGCAUCUAUCUACCAGAGCUCUUUCCAAGCCUUGACAAGGUGGUCUUUCUCGAUGAUGAUAUCGUGGUUCAAAGCGAUCUUUCUCCUCUUUGGGACAUUGAUCUUCAAGGAAAAGUAAAUGGGGCAGUGGAGACAUGCAAAGGAGAUGACAAAUUCGUGAUGUCAAAGAAGUUGAGGAGCUAUUUGAACUUCUCCCACCCCUUAAUUGCACAGAAUUUUGACCCAGAGAAAUGUGCAUGGGCUUAUGGCAUGAAUAUUUUUGAUUUGAAGGCAUGGAGGAAGACUAAUAUCAGCCAAACUUACCAUUCUUGGCUUCAACAGAAUUUGAAGUCUGGCUUGAGCUUAUGGCAAUUAGGGACAUUGCCACCAGGUUUGAUCGCAUUCCAUGGCCAUGUCCACAUAAUUGACCCGUUUUGGCAUAUGUUGGGGCUCGGCUACCAGGCUAACACUAGUGUAGAAGCAGCUGAAAAAGCAGCCGUAAUCCAUUUUAAUGGCAGGGCCAAGCCCUGGCUCGAUAUUGCGUUUGCUCAACUUCGACCUCUUUGGGCUAAAUAUGUAGAUGGUUCAGAUAAAUUUAUCAAAUCCUGCAAAAUCAAGGUUUCUUGAUACGAGCAUGAUUUGAGUUGUAAUUAUCCUUUGGGGGCUUCUUCACUUUUUUGAGUGAUUGAUGAUAUAGCAAUCACUAUAAUAUGAUAUCUUUAGCAGAUUGGAGUCCACUGUGGCUGAUUUUGCAAAGUUUUCUGUAAAGUUUAAACACAUUCUUGACAGGCUCCGACUAAUAGCACAAUUGUUGAUUAGAAUACAAGGUCAAAUUAAUCA